UACAAACUCUCAUAGUUGGUGUGAUCAAAUGGCUGCUCUUAUACCAAGACAUACAGCUACAAAGCUAGCCUUGGUCUCAUCCCAAAGGUCCACCUUGCUCCACACAACCCCUUCAUCACUCAUGUCCUCCUCCCACUUUCCGGCUACUCAAAAUGGCCCACGAACUACCCUUCCAUCCAGAUCCCCUACUGCAGGCUUGAGCAAGACGGGAGAGUACUUAGUAUUAAAGGUGGAUGCUCUCGCGAACUGGGCCCAAUCAGCGUCCAUAUGGCCCGUGACGUUAGGGCUGGCCUGCUGCGCUGUUGAGAUGAUGCACGCCAGCGCCGCCAGGUAUGAUAUGGACCGCAUGGGCACCUUCUUCAGGCCCUCUCCACGACAAGCCGAUUUGAUGGUUGUGGCUGGCACUCUUACCAAUAAGAUGGCUCCUGCACUUCGGAAGGUCUAUGAUCAAAUGGCAGAUCCACGGUAUGUCAUCUCUAUGGGAAGCUGUGCAAAUGGAGGUGGCUAUUACCACUACUCAUAUGCUAUUGUUCGAGGCUGUGACAGGAUUGUCCCGGUUGACUUUUAUGUUCCUGGGUGUCCUCCAACAGCUGAGGCCCUAGUCUAUACAUUACUCCAGUUGAAGAAGAAGAUAAACAGAAAGAGGGAUUUUCUUUACUGGUGGACUAAGUGAUUAAUCAAACAUUUACUUGGACUGAAGCUUAGCCCUUCCAUGAUCCAUAUGUGUAGCAUAUGAACUUGUCCCUUGAUGGCUUCUUUUAAUUAGAUGUAAAUGUGGUAUUAUGUGUGACGUGUUGCAUAUAACAUUCUCUCACAUUGGAGUAGAUCAAA